CCCAUAAAAAGGCCCAUUAGUGCAAAUAACAAAAGCCCUAAUUUCCAAAAUACACAAAAGUUGAGAGCGGAGUCCCCUCAGAGAAGAGAGAGAAGAAGAAAAUGAAAUUUACAGAUUCUCCGGUGAUCGAUCUGACGGUGAACGGCACAAAACUCUCAAUCCAACAAGACAAUGGCUCGAUGCACGUCGGAACCUCCGUAUGGCCAUGCUCACUAAUCCUCUCCAAAUUCGCCGAGCGAUGGUCUACACUAGACUCCUCAUCAUCAACCUCUCCGAAUCCAUACGCCGAACUCUUCGAUUUCCGCCGCCGCCGCGGAAUCGAGCUAGGAACCGGAUGCGGAGUCGCUGGAAUGGCUUUUCACCUACUAGGUUUAACGGAGAUAGUGCUCACAGACAUCGCACCAGUCAUGCCGGCGCUAAAACACAAUCUGAAACGGAACAAAGCGGCGUUAGGUAAAUCUCUGAAAACCUCGAUUGUGUAUUGGAACAAUCGUGAUCAGAUCGAUGCGUUGAAACCGCCGUUCGAUCUUGUGAUCGCGGCGGAUGUUGUGUAUAUAGAGGAAUCUGUAGGGCAGUUAGUGACGGCGAUGGAGUUGUUGUUGGCGGAUGAUGGUGCGGUUUUGUUAGGGUAUCAGAUUAGGUCACCUGAAGCUGAUAAGUUGUUUUGGGAGAUGUGCGACGUCGUUUUUAGGAUUGAGAAAGUUCCUCAUGAGCAUCUUCAUCAUGAGUAUGCUUAUGAGGAGACUGAUGUUUAUAUCUUUAGGAAGAAGGUGAGUGAAGUUGAAGUAGAAGAAUCAUGAAGCUUGUUUUAGUUUCUGUUUCUGUUUCUGUUGUGUUGUUGUUACAAUGGAAUGAUCUCAUAUGUUCUUAGAUUAUUGUCUUAUUGCAUAGACAAGAGUUGAACACAAUUCCAUUAAACUCUCCAUUUUUGUAACGAUAUGUGUUAAAAUGUACUACUUUUUUAAUUUCUCUAAGUAA